CUAUCCUGAUCGGACGUGUUUCGUUGAUGUUCUGUGAAAUAAUUAAAUUUUGUCCUGUUUUGUGAGAUUGUUGAAACGCUGACUUAAUUCUAUCGACCACCCCCGCAAAAUGCCACCGCAACCGCCGAAACGGUUGAAAAUUUCGGACACGGCGCCACCGGAAAACAACGAACCCCCGUCUGCAGCAGUCUGCAACGAGGACUUUUUGGGAUUCGACGUGUUCGAUUACGAGGAUCUGAGCGAGGAAGAACCCUUUGGGUUUGGUGAACGCGAGGACAAGGGCGAGCACAGCCAGCGCGUCGUUACGACGGAAGGACUGGGUACGUCCGGCGUCGUUGAACCGCAUGUCCAAAAAGUAACCGUGGAGCUGAAGGUGGAGCGAGCAUCGCCGGAGUUGGACGAGGACAGUGAUGACUCGGUCGUUGCUCUGCCACCGCGACGGCGCUCCAGAGGCCGGACGGGUCGGCUAAUGGUUGCUGAUUCGGACGAAGAGGAUGUUAAGCCUGGGCCGACUGUGUACAGCGACGACGCACCGGAACCGGGUUCGAACUCGGCCCAUCACAUUGCUGGUCCCGGCGAGGAGUUCAUCAGGCUGGAACCGCCGAUCACGUGGAACGUAUGCAACCUUGGUUGCUCGGCUCGGAUCGUCCACGGCGGUUUUAAGAUUGUCCUUCACGAUUUGGGCCGUUUGUUGCUGGUUGACGACAGUUUCGUGGCCCGGGUCGAGGCCCUGGAUGUGGCCCAGCUCAGCAGAAACAAGAGCUUCCGGCAGGCCAAAGCUAUGCUGCACAAGCAACUUAGCAUCGUCCACAUCCUCCUCGAUGAAGUCUCGGCCGAGCGGAAUCGCCGUCGAGCCAGACUCCUUCGUUUGAUCAACGAAAUACGCAGUCAAACGGCCGAGAAGCGCGCAAGUGCUGCGGACGCUGUCCAUAUCAUUGCGAUCGUCCAGAAAACCACCAAUCUGAACUUCAUCAAGUUGUGUCAACAACUGCGAACCCGAACCGUAUCCGAGCUUCUAAAAGAACACGCGGAAAACCUUCUCGAGUUCGAGUUGGCCACCGAGAAAAGGAACCGUUUGUUCGUGAACAACGAGUUCGUGGACAAUCCCCACGAACUCAUCCGCGUCCUGCAACAGUUUUGCGCUGAAGUCGUGCAGAAGCACGCCAAAUGCCUUCUGGACACGGCCCCACAGUAUGUGCACGAUCAGCUGACGGGCGUGCCGCACUGGACAUUGUUUCGGAUCAACGCCAAAGAUGUGAAAGUUUUCGCUGAUCUGGACCAGGUGCUGAACAGAGAGAUCUUCCAGAAACCGUUGGACGAUCUCGCAAGGCGAUGGAGCAAUUACGUUAAAUCGAUAAGACCUAACGACACGACCGUUACGGCCGUCAAUCCGAUUUAUUUUUCGCUGUGCCGGAGUCUGGAGGAGUUGAUCUUGGAGAUCGUCGGCAAAACCGACCACAAUCCGGAAGAGUUGCUGUUGAGUGACCACAACGGCUGGCAUGCGAUGAAGAACGCUAUUCGUUGGAGGAAGGACACAAGCCUGACCAAGUGCAUCGAUCGAGAGUACUUGUUCGUCUUCCGGUUGCUGCAACAUUUCGACCCGGCAUCAGACAGUACGAAACCAUUCGGCUAUUCGGCACGCCGGCUUUUGAGCGACAAAGGCACGGAAUCAGUGCUGGACAGCUGGAUGCGACCAUUCCGGCGGAUUUCCCAAGAAUCUCAGCAAAACCCGCUGGGUAUCGCGGACGAGUUCUACGUUUGGUACUGCCAGCUCGACGACGUUCUUCACCACGUUCUGCCGAACAACGACCACGCUCUGGACAUUUUCGAGCAGAUCUUGCAGAACUUUGUUCAGCUGCUCAGCAAGGCCACGUUCGAGCAAAUGGAGAUAAUUCGAGUCAUCACGCACAGCAUUGGGCGAUUUAUCGUGCAGACCUCUCCGUUCUUCAACUCGGACAAGGCACAAUCGGAAGAGGACAAACAAAUUCUGCAGUCCCAACUGACCGUGAUCAACCGAACGAUGCUGGGAGCGGACUCGACGCAGUUCUUCCGCGAUCUGAUGGACGUCUUCAGCAGCUACUGGAAGAAUCGUUGCAACAUCAUCGAGAACAUUCCGUCGAAAAAUGGACUCGCGGGGAUGGAACAGAUAAAGAAGACACUGCUGGCGAUUGUGGGCGUUGCCUUGCGGAAGAACGCCGGCGCCGAACACGUGAUCAACCUGUUCCGAUCGUUGAACGAUUUGAUUGUCGAUCUGGACGACGUGUCGUUCGUUUGGUUCGUCAAGUCACUUCCGGAAGGGCCAAUGAAAGCUGCAGUUGCAUUGAAAUUCAUCGAACCGGUGGACAACAAAUGGAGCGGUACGGACAACCAAACGUACUCCGUCGUUGAGUCGCAGAAAUUCCAACAGAUAUUCACCGUCUUACUGGACGGGACAACCUGCCCCAAGCACUACGUCCUCGAAGUCAUCACCAAGUUGCUUGGCUGCAUCCAAAGUCAGUUGGAACGAACGAGCUGGACAUCGAACGAAUGCCUGACCGCGUCGGACCAGAUGAUUUCCAGUAGCGUUCUGAUUUCGUCCAUCCGCAGUUCACUGAUCUACCUGCGCGAACAGUCCGAGUACGUCUCAUUUGAACUGUUUGAAGAGGAGAGAAUCAAACCGUUUGCCAAUGUUGCUGAUCACAGCCAAUCGUUGAACGAUUUCAUCAAACGGGUCGACCUCAUCAAGCAGUCCUUUAGCUACACCCGGAAGCAGAACGAAAUGAGCAUCGUUGAGGCGCUGAAGAUGUUCGGCGAGCAGAAUGACGAGGACCGGUACAACGCAGAACGUCUCCAGAAGAUCUACCAGCAGUACAGUGAUCAGUUCGAAAAGUACAUGACGGAACCUGUGUCUGAGGAUGCGAAAGCACACGCGGUGGCAUGCAUGGUGCGGGAGUCUGUCCAGCCGGUUCUGUUCAAAGAGUGGACCGCUGAGUACAAGAGCGUCGAGCUGCCAAAGAUCCUCGCCGGUGUGGCCGCCGUGUGGUCCACCAUGGUGUCUGCGGAUGUCUCCAGCACUGGAAAGUACUUCAAACCGCACUGCAUCCAGAUUUUGUGCGUGCUGAGGCUGUUCGGAGCGGAUAGCGGAGAGAAAGGCGUGUCCAAGCACCUGGCGCAGGUUCUCACUGGUCAAGGAAAGUCGCUGGUCCUGGCCCUGAUCGCGGUGGUCUUGGCGCUGACGGGCCACCAAGUUCAGCUUGUGUGUUACAAUAAACAUCUUGUUCAGAGAGAUGCCAGCGAUUUUGCCGAGCUGUUCACGGUGUUUGGUGUUAAAGAUGCCAUUCAAUACGGAACCUUCGAUGAUAUGGCCAACAAGAUCAUCGCACCGGAAGUUGAUGGUAAGCCGAUGGGCUUGCGAUCACUUGUGAAAGACCUCAUCACUUCGGAACCAAGUAAAUCCCGCCCAACUAAACCAAAAGCGCAAGUACAGGACAACUCGGUCCUUCUCAUGGAUGAAGUGGACGUGUUUUUCACCAAGGAGUAUUAUGGCAGUCAAUAUUGGCCAGCAGCUACCUCCUUCGUACAUGGACUGGACAACAUUCAAGAGCAGAUCUGGCGUAUUGUUCAUCACGAUAAUGUUCUCGAUGUUCAGCAAGUGACGGAGCGGAUCCAGCAAUAUAUUUCGUCGCCACUAUUCCAAGCCUUGGCAAAGUUUGACCAAUUCUUUAACAAGAGAACGCGCUACGAGUUGUUGGUGUACGUAGGAGGAAGCUACGUACGAAAGCAGUUCACCAACAAAAGUUUGUUUUGGGCCCAUCUAAAGGAUAUGGUCGAACAUGCCAUUUCGGUGUCUACUGACGCAUCACAACACAUCAAUUACAAGCUCAAUGAACACGGCGUGAUUUUGUACAGGAAAGGAGAACGAUUCGAGGCAGAUUUAAUAGUAGGGUAUAAGUCAGUAUUCAACUAUAUCCGGUUGAAGAAAGAUCAUCUCCAGCGCAUCGCAAACAACAAUCACAACUAUGGCUAUUUCAACUUAGCUUGUGGCUCCCUGUCCUACGCCAUGCUGCCGAAGGCCUACCCGCUCAUCCUGGGAGUUACGGGAACGUUGACUUCGCUGAACCAGUACGAGAAGGCGGCCAUCGAGCGACUGUACAACAUCAAUCGAUCCUCGAUCAUGCCGUCGUUCUUCGGGUGCUCAAAUCUCCAAUUCAACCCCGCAGAGAACUUCACCCACCUGGCCACCAAGCCACUUUGGAUGGGCAAAAUCUUCACCCAAGCUCAAGCUGCUGUUGGAGCGAAUCGCGCCGUGAUAAUCUUCUUCCACAGUGAUACACUGCUUGAGGAGUUUCGCGCGCAGUACUGCGGCCAGUUUGACCGUCUGCAGGUCCUCACCGAGAAUACGGACGAAGGCAAGCAUGAACACCUGAUCGGGGAAGCGGGUGUCGCCAAAACGGCGACGCUGGCCACGCGAGGAAUGGGCCGUGGAGUGGACUACAAGUCGAGCGUUGCGGUGGAGCAAAGUGGCGGCGUACACGUGAUCCAGAGCUUCUUCUCGCUGGACGUGAAGGAGGAAACGCAGAUCCGGGGAAGAACAGCCCGGAAGGACAACCGGGGAAGCUACGAGCUGAUCGUUCUCGAUGAACAUUUGAAGGCUCAAAGGUUGGUCGAGGGAGGACAACAGGAGGUGACGUACGCAGGACUGGAUGUGGCUCGUACGAAGAUCGCGCUGAAGGAGAACAAUUACAUUGAGGUAUCGAUCGAGAAGAACACCAACGAUCAUUUGACUACGCUGGCGUAUUUGCAAUCAUUUUUUAACUGAUUGAUUCGUUUGAGCGAUUUCUGAGACUGGUUCAAUAAUAAGAGACAAUAAAUAAAGAGUGUCUUUUCUUCUUCCAAAUU